ACUCUCACCUCAUAUUCACAUAAGUUAUCUAAAACAUCAAGUGCUUUCACUGAUUUGAAAUUUAGAAGAAGCUAAGUGAUCAUAACAAUGGCGGAUGAGGUAGUUCUUUUGAGUUUCUGGCUCAGCCCUUUUGGAAUGAGGAUCAAAAUCGCAUUGGCAGAGAAAGGAAUCAAGUAUGAGUACAAGGAAGAGAACCUGCAAGACAAGAGUCCUCUGCUUCUGAAGAUGAACCCUGUUCAUAAGAAGAUUCCUGUUUUGGUUCAUAAUGGAAAACCCAUCUGUGAAUCCCUCGUUAUUGUUCAAUACAUUGAUGAGGUUUGGAAGGAGACAUCUUCUUUGCUGCCCUCUGAUCCUUACCUCCGAGCUCAAGCCAGGUUUUGGGCUGAUUUCAUCGACAAGAAGGUAUUCGAGUGUGGCAGGAAGACAUGCAUGUCAAAAGGAGAAGAGAAUGAGGCAGCAAAGAAGGAGCUGAUAGAGUCCUUGAAAGUGUUGGAAGGAGAGCUUGGAGAGAAGCCUUACUUUGGGGGAGAGAAGUUUGGUUUUGUGGAUUUGAGUCUCAUUCCUUUCUACACUUGGUUUUACUCCUAUGAAAUAUUUGGGAAGUUCAGCAUGGAAGCUGAGUGUCCAAAGCUUACUGCUUGGGCUGAGAGGUGCUUGGAGAAGGAGAGUGUGUCCAACUCCCUUGCUGACCAACAAAAAGUCUACCACUUCUUUGGGCAGAUGAGGAAGAUGUAUGGGAUUGAUCAGUAGAGU